CGCCACCAUCGUUCAUUCACAACCACCUGCUCGACGGGGUAACAUCGCUUCGGUGUCAUCCGUCAUCGGCGACAGACCGAGGGUGCACAGAGUAGCGGCGGGGAAGAACUGUCGUUUCUUUCUUCUCAGUGGUCAUAUCCUCGCGGUCAGCGCAACCGAGACGCACGUUGUCGACAAACACGCCGCGAUGUGGAAUAACUCGACUUCCGGCCUCACUUUCUCGAUUUACCUCUUCGUUCUUCUGCUAACGAUCCUGGCUUCCGGUAGCGACAAGGCAGAGGCGAAGCUCAUAAGACAAAGCAAAGAUGGCUGUUCGAUAUUUGGGCAUUCAUGUUUCGGGGGUCACGGCAAGAGAUUCGACCCGCUCGCGCGGCGCAUGCUGGAGGCGAGCAAUAAACUGUCGAACCGACAUUCUCAAGAGUCCGAAAUGCUGUCGCCAAACGACGACGACGACGACGACGACGAUGACGACAACGACGACGACGAUGACAACAACAACAUCAACAACAACCUACUCUAUAUUCUUCCAAACGACAAGUUGCGUUCGUUCACAGAGCGGUCGUUCAUUCCGCCUCGUCGGAACGCUCGACCGUUCGAUUCCUACCGGCUGUCGUCUCUCGUUGACCAAUGGUUAGCGACGCAUCGUCGCCCGCAUCGCACGGACCUGGAAGUAACUAAUAAGUAAACGGGGUGUAUGGACGAGCGCGACCUGCGUCAUGUGUGUCAGGACGAAGCGACUUCCGCAUCAUUGUUCGAGAGGAAUCGAAAUUAAUUAAACUGACGAUUAUUUCUCUUGGUUAUUAUACGCCCCGAAUCUACACAGUCAAUGGCGCUGUUGCGUGUAUUAUCUUAUCUUUUCCGUACUGUUGCGACAAUCACUGUUUCUCGCGAGCAUUAUAAAUCUGUAAAUCUAUGUAAGACCUAAGGCGAGACUAAAAUAAUGAGAGAAGACGAUUUCUAGAAAAUACAAUUGAUAGAAAGUUAAAUAGGAUAUUCGGUAGAGUCGCGUGAUUCGACGCGCGUGAUUCGACGCCGUUGAGCCGAAUAAUUUAAAGCAGUAACGAAAAUCGAGACAUUUCACUUGUGUGUGUUUUACGUUAUUUAGUGGUGCAACAUAUGCAUGAUGGAUAUGUGUGCGUGUGCGUGUUGAUUGAUUGUAACAAUUAUUUGCACAGAGCGUUUUACAUUUCGGUACGAGGAUUUUACCCGUUUAUUAAUUAACAAUCUACAUAUUCAGUGCUGUGAUAUACUUUUGUUAUCCAUAUUUGUAAACUUCUUCUUCGAGAUAAUAUUU